AUGCUCGACCUUCAGUCUCCGAUACCGAAAUGGCUUGCCGCUGAGCUUGAGUUGAUGCGGACGAGCCUCCACCACCUUAGAGCAGGUGAAAAUGUUGCAAAUCUCGGGGGUACAUACCCGAAUCAUGGUCAAACAGCACACACACAAACACACAUACACAGGGAGGAGGGUCAAAACCGGGUUCUGGGCUGGACACAGACGAUGGACCGAUCAAAUUGCUUUGGUCUCCGUCCGGAGAGGCUGUAG